CAUUGAUUGCAUUUUGAGAUCAAAUUCACUGAACAUUAAGCCAUUAAUCCCUUAAUCCGUUAAUCCAUCGCUUCUUUGAAUCUAAUCUUCCAUUCAUUCAAAGCUUGAAUUGAAAUACAAAUGAAUUUUAUGACAGGAUUUAGGGAUAAAAUCCAUAAACUCUUUGAUAAGAAGAGUGAACCAAAUGGUGACGACUGUGAAGACCACUCUCUGACUGUCGACAAUGGCAUCAAUGAGUUGUGCCAUGAGUUUGAAGAUUGUGUCGAUUUCAGAGACAAUGACAUCGAAGUGAACGCCAAUGGACUCAAUGCAAGUGAUGACGACAGCAGUGGCUCUUCAGAUGACAACCACUUCUUUAUGGCUAAUCAGAGCAGUCGUUACCCGCGUUUCUAUACGUCGACAGUAAACUACUACCAGAGAUGGCGAAUGCGAUACAACCUGUUUGUGGUGUCCGACACUCUCAUCACUGUCUCGGGUCGAGUGCCGGAGAGACCGCUCUCUGCCAGCGAUUCCGUGGCCGACAUGAGUGCCGACCAACUCGUGCUACACAUCGGAGAGAUUCACCUCUACUUCGAUAUUGUGCCCAAAUAUUGUCAACCCGUUUACGUCAACAGCUCUUUCUAUCCCAAUAAGUCGGCCAUCAAUCAGAUGCCAGACAUUGUCCUCAAUGACGAAGUGAUGGCACGGAUCACACGAAUCGUCAAUUCCAUCCGCUAUUCCAAAGACAUCUUCCAAUUCAAGUUCCCGUUGAGUGAAGACCUCUUCCACCGACGCAACCAAAUGUUCGACAAGUUCUUCGAGCGUCAGAUGGAGUUCAUCGAAGAGUCGGUCAAAGUGUUCCGCAAGAGUGAGCAGAAGAAGAGGAAGUUUCACAACUGGAACCAAAAGCAACACAAACGCAAUGAACGCAAUGAACGCCAAGAAGUCAGGGAUUACUUCGCCUACGACUACGACAACAAACACAAGAUCUCAGACAAUGACUAUCACUGCGAUUACAGCGGAAACACUAACGCCAUCAGUGGUGUCAACACAUUCGCCGCCACCUCUCAGACCCCUCACAGGCAUCACAGGACCCGUCACUGCGAGACCAAAGCCAAGGCCGACACCAAAGCUAAGGGUGCGGACCGAUGGCACCGAUUCACUGACUCUAACCGCAAAUGUGAUACUAAUCCCAAUUACUACUACUGA